CGCGGCGCGUCAGGAGCAGCGGAGAGAGAAAACACCAGCAGAGGGUGAGGCUCAGGCAGCAGAACCAGAAACAUCACAACUGCGAGGCUCUUUUUUAUGUUCUGCUUCUGGCAUGCACUGAGGAGCCCUGCGGUUUCUUGCAAAGCUCGUGCGUUGUUGAAAACAUACACGUCGACUCGCGCAGGAUGGAGAGCUGAAGGAGAUCCCCGAGCUUCCCUGAUAACAACAGGUCUGAUCCUCUGAACCCCAUCUUCAAUUCCUAAAUCUUUACACACCCGGAAAAAGAGCUGGAGCCGAGACGAUCAAGCAUGGAUGUGCCGCGGAUGGCUGAAGGCCUCUUCAGCAGCACGCUGUCCUCGUCAGGCGGCGGACAUCACGUGUCCUCCUACCUGACGCUGGAGCAGAAGGCGGCCUUCAUCUUCGUGCUGCUGCUCUUCAUAUUCCUGGCGCUGCUCAUCGUGCGCUGCUUCCGCAUCCUGCUGGACCCGUACCGCAGCAUGCCCUCGUCCAACUGGACUGACCACACCGAGAAGGACACGUUCGAUUACCGCAUCGUCUAACAAGUGCGCAGUAUAUAUAUAUAUUAGAAAAAUAAAAGACUGAACAAAUGACUGCUAAUUCACCAGGAUAAACGAAACCCAUCACCGGAAACUUUGGCUGAAAAGAUGGUGGAUUGACGUUGAAAACGAGCGCUAACAAACAGCUUCUCCCUGCCAAAUCAGAAAAUUCUCCACCACAAGAAGACAACCAAGGAUUAUGCUACGAAUUAUCGAUCAAACCUUCAGUCCAGGCGAUGCACCGGAGCGAGUUACGGUCACUUCCUUCCCCUGGCAUCAGCUCUCCUGUGGACUAUCUCUUCCUCCUCCAUGUUGGCGCUUGGAAGACUUUCCGCACAUCUCACACAGGGUCAAAUAUCUUUUGAGGUCCAAGCCAGUUGAAGAGUGUUUACUUAUCAUGUUUACGUCCUUUCGAUUUUUAUUGAUAAUGUAGACAAUCAGUGUUUAAAAUAGUUGGUGAGAAAAACAAGCUAAUCGCUGAGGUCUGUUAGUUUUAGCGUAUUUUAUUUCGUGGACGGACACGGGCGGUCCAAAAGACUUUGUACGACUGAUAUUAUUCAAGCGAAGAGGAAUUUAUUGCCUUGUGUCUUAGUAAGAUAUUCUGUGCUGGUUGUUACCUUCUUGACAGCGAGGAAAGGUUGGUAUCAACGUCUUAAAGCAGGUGAAAUAAUCACAAAGAAGGAAACUGUGGAAAAGUUCUCCCUUUAAUGUCAAAGGUUUGGACAGAUACUUGUUCAGUGUGUGCGAUAAAACAAACAAAUUGUCCUUUAAAAUCGUGCGGGACUCUUCGGUGUCCCCGUCUUUUAUAUGUCAACAACCAAAAGAGGUAUUGAGGAAAACAACGUUUACUGUGCCGUACCGUGUGCCUAAUUUGAAGCAAGAUUGAUGUUGAAAGAGAAUGAAAAUGGGUUAUUGUCUCUUAAUGUCUUUUCUUUGGUUUAGUGCCCAUUUCAAGAAACCUAAACAGCAUUUCACUGCCUGAGGUAUAUUGACAGUUGGUAUGCCAGAUCUGCCGAGAUUUGAUGGUGAAGAUGACGAUGCAUUUUCACAUCAAACCCUUUAAGAAGUAACGCUGAGGCUCUUUUGUUGGGCAAUUUUUCAACUGUGCGCCUUAUAGUGUAGAUUGUUUACAGUAUCGUAGGUGGCGGAGAUGCUGGAAUCAGCCAAUCACUGAUGCGACUGUGUCUUUGCACUUCACGGAGAUGUCAUACAACCCGCUAAAAAAUAAGAAAAAUAAACCAGCCCUGCUCUGUCCAGUCGGGACAGGAAGUGAACUCUGACCCUUUCAACAGCGUGUGAUGUUCUUGUGAUCUGCUGUGGCCUUUUCCUACCUGUCGCAGAUGUGAUGGGAUAUUGCGCUGAGGUGAUGUGCCCCCUCCCCUGCAUGUGUUUCUCGCUCUCUCCGUGCAUGAUAAAUGGUGAAGUGCUUUAAUCCUGAUGUUGUAGCUGUGGGUCAGUUUUCUCAAGCAGCUAUUUUUUCUCGUCUGCAGCCUUUUUCUUUCGAUCUGUUUUUCGCCCGGAGCCACCGUUUCCUUUUUUCUAAUAAAAAUGAUCAGAGUUCACAACUGCCUUUUUAAUAUGUUUUAUUUCCUGAGCUUCAUUCACAAGGCGUUAAAAGUGGCAGGUGUUAAAGACAAACAAACAAUGGUUCUUCCAAGCCCACCCGGCCCUUUUGAAGGCGGACGUGGACGCCUGAGGCUCCUUACAUUCUUUCACCAUUUUAUCAGCGACUGGCAGCGGUAGCCGGCAGGUGUCUGGAUGGGUUUUCUGUGAACCCAGACACUCUCGCUUCACACACACACACACACACACACACACACACACACACACACACACACACACACACACACACACACACACACACGGCUCCGGGCCCAGGCUGCUCUUUGAGCCGAGACCCCCAGACAGCAUGCAGAAUAACAAUCUUCUCUCUGACACCAAACGCUGAAUACGUUAUUUGCAAUCAUCCUCUGCACACCUCCCUGAGAAAACCCUGCAUCCUUUCCUCACAUUGAAGCGUGCAUGGAUAGACUUAUGAAAUGUGUUUGCAAGUGCAUCUGUUCUGUGUUACUUAACAAUUCUGCUGAUAUCACACACCCCCACGUUGUAUUUCUUUUUAGGGAGGGCCGGGGAGCUGAAGCGGAUCAGAAUAUUAAACGCGAGCUGAUCCCACAUAGGAGAAAUGUGCAGUCUCUGCUUUUUGGAUUACUCUGUGUAGGAGACAUCCUACGUUUGGACUGGAGCCUUUUCACUGUUUGCUGAUUUCUUUAAAAAAAAAGUCCAAACAGUUGUUGAUUCCUCCUCGGCUCAUUAUAGCUGUGUGAGAGCAGAACUAAACGUGUAUCUUGUUUCUCGUACAGAAAGCGGCUCUCGCUUAAUGCAUGCUGGCAGUUUGUUACACAAGCAGCUGCAGAAAGUGAAGACGAGCUGCUGGGAGGAUUAGCUCUGGAUAUUUAUCAUUUAAAAACAAUUACACCUGCAUCCAAGAGUGAUUGUAACACCUUGAACGUUAACAAUCCCCCAGAAACCUCCAUUUAUCCAGAAAUACUCUUUGUGUUUCAAUGACUGUCGCCCAAGACGUUUCACUCUGAUCAUUAAGUGCAAUACCCAAAAUAGAAAGAAAUCAUUUUGCAACAAAAGCCUUCAUUCUCGUUUUCUUAAAUCUCAUUAGCUGGUGCCAAACCAAGAUAAUACUCCAAUCCAAACACGCCCUAACAGCUCGUUGGAGCGCAGUUACCAUUAUGGAUCAAUAUCCCUGUCAAGCUUAUGCAACAUGACUCAUAUUAAAGAAAGCCUCUGAUAAUUGAAUUAUUUUCAUUCCUCGCUGUGCAUGUAUUUCCUUUCCCCAAUGCCCCAUUUCACUAUUCAGCCUCCAGUUAAUGUUCUGGUCUCUGAGCAGGACUGUUCCCCUGUGAAUGUGAAAGAACGCUGCACAAGGACAUAAAGAAGGAGACUGCUGAUAUUCUUAAAUUCAUUUCGCAGCGAUUUCUCUGAGAGCCGCUGGCGUUUACAGCAGUCUGUCAACUCUUCACAGAACAGCAUGAGGCUUCAGGGACCAAUGGCACCAGAGAAAACGUGAUUCUGAGCAUUAUUUAAAAAGGACUCAGGUCUGCAGCUCCCAGAGAAAGAUUUGGAAAACAGUCAAGGUCUAUUUUUGUGAAAACAGGCCUGUGAUGAUGAUGAUGAUGCUUUAGAAAGAUGAAGGAUCAGAGAAGUGAUUGCGAUUCAGCCUGAGUGGAAUAUGAAUUUCACAGCGAUCAAUCCAAUUGUUUUCGAGGCAUUUUACUCAA